UUCCUCCUCUUCCUCCUCCUCCUCCAGCAGCCGGCGGACAGCUUCAGGAGCCCCCCCACCCUGCAGUGGCCCAGCAGCAUCAUGGCGUCCCGGCUGCUCGACCGUUUGAAGCGCUCGUUGUUUAAAGAUGGUCAGGGGGCGGGACCCGAGCAGGAAGCCGCAGGUGGACAGGAAGAGGAGGUGUUUAAAGAGAACCGCUGGGAGGCAGAGCUAGAGGAGGAGGAGGAGUGUGUGACAGACCGACUCGGGGGGACGCUAUGCUUCGACGGCGGAGGAGGAGGAGGUGAAGGAGUCGAGGACGGAGGCGAAGGCGAUGGGUCGGGGCUGGACAGUGACUCCGACUUCCUGGGAGAGUCGAUGGAGGAGGGGCUGAGCAGCACAGACACCAGUCCUGUGGACGUGUCCCCGGUGGGCCCCUCCCCGUCCCUCCUGCUGACCCGGCAGCUUCAGGAGAGCUGGAGGACGCUGCGUGGACUUGGUGGAGGAAGUCUCACCUCGACCGGGAGAAAGAUGACGGAUGACUUGCUGUUCGAGGUGACGGACGCCAGCGUGGUCCAGGACGCCUCCUCUAAAUACGUGCUGUACACCAUCCACGUGAUCCAGUCCGGCGGCAGCGACAAGACUCCGGCCAUCAUCACCCGCCGAUACUCCGACUUCCAGCGGCUCCACGCCACGCUGCGUCGUAACCAUGGAGACCAGAUGGAGCGCGUCUGCUUCCCGCGAAAGAAGCUGCGCAGGAACUUCACGGCGGAGACGAUCGCCAAGCGGAGCCGAGCGUUCGAGCAGUACCUGUCUCACCUGUGUUCCCUGUCGGCCCUGCGGGGGGCGCUGUGUGUCCGGCAGUUCUUCUGCCUGAGCGACCUGCAGACCGGACAGCUGCUCAUCAGGGUGGGACGUUACCAGGAGGCCUUGGGUCCGCUGCUCAACGCCAAGAGACUACAACACAAACUGGGCUGGAUGAGUUACUAUGACAAUCAGACUCAGGCUCCGCCCCCGACCUCCUCCCAUUGGUUCUUCACCUUGGUAGGUCUGUCGAGCUGUUUCCAGGAAGUGGACCAGCUGGAGGAGGCCCGUGAUCACUGUGACGACGCCCUCCGUGUCCUGACCCCUGACGGCGAGGACAGGCCCCUCCCACUCCAAGAUAAGCCCCACCCACUGACUGAAAAGCAGGAAGCAUUGCCGCAGCACGUCGAGAGGCCACACCCCCUCCUGUUGCCAUUGCUACGGGCGGUGGUUCGGCUGUCGUGGCAGACGGGAAGGGACAAGCGACAGUGGGAGGAGCUUCUGCAGCAGCUGGAGGAGCAGGGGGCGGGGCUAGUGGACAACCUGCCAACCAUCAAAGAGUUCCUGGUCAAACACGAACUGCAGGAGAGCGAGGGGGAGGGAUAGAACACACACACACACACACACUGCAGAGUACAAUCACUACGCUACAACAUGAGUGCUGUGGCCACUGUGAAAUAAUAUGAGAUUUAGACAAUAAAGUUGAAAUAUUUGGGGGAAAAAAGAUGAAAUUUUAGGUCAUCAGAAAAUAAUAUAUAUGGGUUUUUUUGCUACGUUAUGAUAAACAAGUAUGGAAGCCCUGAGAGGAGGUGAUUCAUUUUCUAAAUCUGACCUAAAAUGUUUUUGUCUUUGUUUUGACCAGGUUUUUUCAGAUGAUUUUUGUUUUUCUCAUUUUUCUAAGCGUUUGUUGUUGUAAUACUGUUUUUGGCCACAAGAGGCUGCUGUGCACCACUACUUAAUGAUCUUAAGGGAAGAAAACAUGAACGCUAAUAGUUCAAUUUAGAACAUGAGGUAGAGGUGCACUUCAGCCUCUUGUGGCCAAAAUGUGUAUUACAAUAACAACAAAAAUUCAUCCAAAACUUUGUUUUUUCUGUCCACAGGUCAUUAACACUUUUGUUUUUAAAAAUGUUUUCCAUUAUUAUAAACUCUUACAUUAAACAGAGAUUUUUUUUCACUUGCCUCUCAGGUCUUCCGUAAAUAAGUCAAAAUUGUGAGCAAAAAGUUAUACUAUGACAAGAAAAAGUUAGAUCUAUUAAGUAAUAUUUAAAUGAAGUCUCAUUAUUUUGUAAAAAUGAUUUCUAUGUUAUUAGAAAGAAGUCAUCAUUUUGAGAAAAGUCAUAAAAUAACCAGGAAGGGCAUAAAAUUAAGCUUUUGA